AUGAACUUGAAACGCGAUGUAUCGACUAAUGCACUUCGAUCGGCCAUUUAUCAAAAGUUACAAAACGAAAAUCAAGUUCGAACGAUCGAACAACUUGGCCUUCUCUCCGAUGAUAGUAAAAUAGAGAAACGCUCGACUCCUCUCGAUACAUUGAGCAUCUGGUUAGCGAAACGUUUAGCUUACGGGCCGAAUGAACGCGAUAUCGUCAUUCUACAUCAUCAAGUCGGAGUUACAUGGCCAACAUUGUCACAAGAAGAUAGUGAAUUGAAAACUAUCGAUAUGGUUGUUUACGGCGAUGCAAAAUAUUCUGCUAUGGCUAAGACAGUUGGUCUACCGGCGGCAAUCGCUACACGAAUGUUACUUGCUAAUGAAAUUCAUGAACGUGGUGUUGUUGUACCUGUUAAACGUACGAUUUACAAACCGAUCUUAAAUGAACUCAAGCGCGAGGGUAUCUCGUGGACGGAGAAAACAAUAAAACAAAUAAUGUGA